AUGUCUGCCCUCCUGGAACACUCCUUCUUUGAACAGGAGUAUUUUGCCGGUUUCGGCGUCCACUCCGACACCGACUGGGACGGCAUCAGCGUACCAUCUUCACAAACCCUUUUAACGUAUCCAAAUGUGAUGGGUUUCUUUCCUCGAGGAAGGGUGUUCUCAAGUUCUCCUCAAGGUUGGAUGACCCGUUCUCCAAGGCACUUGCCGCUUCCUCAGGCCUCGAGAGAACGGAGCUACCGGUCUCUGAGUUCGGGCCACUUUUUGUCUGACUACUCUUGUCAGGUCCGUUUAGUAACGGAGGCAUUCCGGGACGCCUCUGUUCCUUCUCAAGAAGAAGCCUCUACAAGCUCCUCGGAGAACAGCGCUGCUCCGCCGAUAGACGCGGUGGACGCCUACGUUCCAGGACCUGCUAAUAGCAGUAUUCCUGAGAUAACAGUUUCUGACUCCAGAUCGCCCCCUUCUGUUCAAUCCGUCAACUUUCCUACCCAGUUGUCGCCAGACUCGCAGAAGGAGGUCUUGUUUCCCCAGACACCCCAGCGAACCAACUCCUCGACUAUGUUGGGGCAUAGUGUGGGACCUACAACGCCGGAUUCUCAACCAACGCCGUGUCCAUGUGGGUACCAGAGUCAAGCGCCUAUUCACUCCCACAUCGUCACUUUACAAAUUCCACCACAACAGGAAGAGGUUGCCAUUACGCCGGCGCCACAAGGUCCCGUUGAUGUCACCUCGCAUUCUAGUCCAGAUCUGGAGAUGUCGGAGCAGACAAGAGCGUGCAAAGGAAUCGACAAAACUCUCAAGAAGAAGCGAGUCAUCAGGAAUCUUCACUACCCUACAGUCAUAAAAGAACCUCCCUUUAAAGUUAAGGUCCUUUCAACGGAGGAGAAGCUUGAAGUGAAGAUACGAUUUGAGGAGAGGAAAGCAUUCUAUAAGGUCUACUGUCAAUCGGAGAACACGUACGAAUACCGCCUUCCCAUCUUUAGAACUCUUAGCACGAUGCUGCAGAUGAUGUCCAGUCAGAGGUACUCUUCUCACACCUCAAUCAAGGAAGAUCCUCACGUCUUGGUUACCAAAGAAAGUCUGUCCUACCUGGUCAGUCUCAGGCGCUUCGAGUCCCGCCUCACUUUUCAACAAAUGGCUCACAUACUCGGACUCCUGCGGUUCAGAAUCACAUUGAUCAGGGUAAUUGAAGCGAUCUUCAUCCUUUUGUUCGAGCAAUUGUGUGGACUCAAGUUAUCGAGUCAAAGGUGGACCAAGCUUGAGACCUCUGAACGUAAAGCUAUGACUGCUCGUGUUUAUCGGUUUUCACAGCACUAUUUUCCGACCAUUAACACGACAAUACUCGAUAUAAUUAUGCGGAGGGCGUCCUACUCGAAAGCCCAGCUCGAGCUCAAAGGUAAAAGGUUGAAGAAGAACAAGUAUAAAAAGAAAAAGGGUGGAACAACUCUCUAUGACGAGCUUGAUUUAUGA